AUGGCUCAGCAGCGCAGCUCAUUUUCUUCUUCUCUGGAAUACAAUUAUGCAGGUCUAGACGAGAAGAGAGACUUUGGCUGGAAGUAUGGCCACAGUUGCCCACAACCGGACCACAGUUCCCAGCAAUCACCCAGGGAACAACCUGCGGCCUGGGAGAUGAUUCGAGAGCCGGUAGUACAGCCACCUAAGCACCUUCUAGAGGAGGUAAAGGCUGUCUACGCCGGUCUAGCCAUGCUUGAGAGCACAUGUAUCAAGUACCACAGCACCCAGGCGUCUUAA